GGGAGGAGCCCGAGGAGGAGCGCCUGACCCCUGGCUGCUGUGUGGCCUUCCUCUCGGCCUCCCCUCCUUGCUUCCUCUGGUGUGAAGAGUCAGAUGUUGCGUUGGCAUACUUCCUGUGUGCUCGUUCCUUCAGGUACCGUUCUCCCUGCUAGAGCAAGCGCUUGACUCGUCUGGGAGAGCACGCUGGUCCUGAACUCCACUGCUGUUUCCCAGACCCAGAGCCUGCUCUGCUCUGUCUAAUGUGACUGGUGUUCUGUGAUCUAGGGAGGCCGCGAGUGUCCGGGCGCAGUAUCAGAGGACACAAUUCAUUGAGAUUCUCUGACAGUGGUUCAAGGGGAGUAGGACUGGAACACUACUCUGCUUUCAGAUAGGUGGUGUGCUGCUGUGUCGGAGCUUAUGGUGCGGCUUCCCUCAGCGUGGUCACACCGGUGUCCCCUGCAGGGAGGCACAGGGGCAUGGGGGGGAGUGAUGGCCACAGUGACACAGCAGGCACUGGCGGCUUCCCUCAGCGUGGUCACACCAGUGUCCCCCACAGGGAAGCGCAGGGGUAAGGGAAACGCAGGGGUAAGGGAAGCGCAGGGGUAUGGGGGGAGUCAUGGUCACACCGGUGUCCCCCGCAGGGAAGUGCAGGGGUAUGGGGUGGAGUUGUGGUCACACCGGUGUCCCCCGCAGGGAAGCCCAGGGGUAUGGGGGGAGUCAUGGUCACACCGGUGUCCCCCGCAGGGAAGCCCAGGGGUAUGGGGGGAGUCAUGGUCACACCGGUGUCCCCCGCAGGGAAGCCCAGGGGUAUGGGGGGAGUCAUGGUCACACCGGUGUCCCCCGCAGGGAAGUGCAGGGGUAUGGGGGGGAGUUGUGGUCACACCGGUGUCCCCCGCAGGGAAGCCCAGGGGUAUGGGGGGAGUCAUGGUCACACCGGUGUCCCCCGCAGGGAAGCCCAGGGGUAUGGGGGGAGUCAUGGUCACACCGGUGUCCCCCGCAGGGAAGCCCAGGGGUAUGGGGGGAGUCGUGGUCACACCGGUGUCCCCUGCAGGGAGGCACAGGGGUAUGGGGGGAGUCGUGGUCACACCGGUGUCCCCUGCAGGGAAGCGCAGGGGUAUGGGGGGAGUCACGGUCACACCCGUGUCCCCCGCAGGGAAGUGCAGGGGUAUGGGGGGGGAGUUGUGGUCACACCAGUGUCCCCCGCAGGGAAGCGCAGGGGUAUGGGGGGAGUUGUGGUCACACCAGUGUCCCCCGCAGGGAAGUGCAGGGGUAUGGGGGGCAGCGAUGGCCUCAGUGACACAGCAGGCACUGGCUCCGUGUCCUGUCUGUUCCUUGUGACCAUAUCUCCCUUCGUCUGCUCCAAUCUAUGGGGCAAGUGGUCUUACUGGCCCAUAGAGCAGACUGUGAAAGCAGAUCUCAGUCGUGUAAUGGGCACGCAGUGGACCUGGGAUUUGAACUUGGCCAGUGCAGACGGCAGGCACUUGACUUACCCAACAGUGCAGUAGAAAUGACAACAUUCAGAAGACUGAACUCACGGCCAAGCCACUGUGGUUCCUGUGGCCUCCAGGUGUCUGUUUUGUUAAAUAUAUCUUCCUAGUAAAAUGUCUUAUAGGAUAAUCUUUUUGAAGUACUGUAUAGUUUUUAAGGGUUAUGAAUAGCUGCUACCUUUGGAGUUAAAAUUUACAAGCUUGGAUUUCCCAAAAUGUCUCCAAAGCUGCAGGCUGGAUUCCCUGGAAGUCUGCUUGAUCUUAAAAGGUCUAAAAUAGUAUGAUUCAGGUAUUAGGUCACAUCUGAAAAUACUUGGUGACUACAUAUCAGGGUUAAGUAUGUUUUCCCUCUUGUUUUUGUUCUGUUUUGAAUGAAAGCUUGGGUGAAUAAACAGGUAGUCUAAUUUUUAAAAGAUUAUUAAACACAUUAAAAACUACUAUUGGAAAAUAUUUCUAGAAAUUUAAUUGUAUGGUGUAGUUGUUAACAUCACAGUCAUUGGAGUCACAAGCACCUUGAUUUGCGACCCGUCUCUGCCUGCCUUAGCUCCGUGACCUGUAACAGGUGACCCAGCAGACAGGGGUGGGACCUUCUUCCUGAGUGAUGACCAGCUGGUAAAUAGUCCUUGUCAGACACAGCACAGGAACUGAGGUGAACCCGUGGCAACCGCCCAGUGAGUUCUGUCAGUGCAGUGCUACUGUGUGAUGUAGGUGGUUUGUGCUACAAAGUUUACCUGGGAAAUACACACUGAAAUCACUUCCAUUUAAGCUAUGAAAUUGCAUCAAUUCACUUCAUAACGAAUUUCCUUAAUGUCGAUAUUGUGUGGCUCUUAGAAGCUGAGCAACGAAUGCAACAAUGUCUCCAUUGUAUCACUUAGCUGGCAGGCUUGUUAGUCCCGGAGCAGGGCUUACAACCAGAGGAAGGAGGAAACAACAUUCAGACAGCCAAAACAAAGGUCAGAAGUUAUGUAAGGAGUGAUCACCCUUCAGUGCUUCCCCUCUGCAGUACCCGGGGCUUCCAUGUGGGAGCGGCUCUGUCCUGCUUGAAUGGGGUCUUCUUAUACUACUUUUUCAGGUUGCUCUUCUAAUAUCCCGGCUAGAGAUAGACACUGGAUAGCCUGGUAGCAACAAAAAAUACUAAAUAGGCAAACCUCAACAUUGAGUAUUAAGAACUGAUGUAUGUAGCAGUUUGGAACCAAUUUGUAUAUGUGUUUCUGGGCCUCAAGGCAUCUUUAAAUGCAGUAAAAAGUGCCUAACCCUCCCUCCCACGUUCCAGUGUGUCCACUGCCUUCCUGACUGUUCCACUGUCAGCAUCUCCCACGCUGCGUGCUGAAGCUGACCUCCUGAGGUCCUUCCCUAACCUGUCCUACCUAGCAGGGCCCUCUCAUCUCUCCCCCGCCCUGGCAUAAGGUGUUGGCAGUGAGAUUGUUAAGUGCACAUUUGGGGGAGGUCGUCUUGAAUUACAUUGAGCCUUGCUGUCAUCUGAACUGAACAGAGUAUAUAAGUGUGUAUUCAUAUAUAUAUAUUUUUAUCUUGUAGGAUGAAGAAAAUGGAAACAGAGGAGG